GACACAAAUGUGUACCGUGAUAAAGUGACAGAUCAGUCAAUAAUGCUGCAUGAACGGGGAGCCAAAUUUAGACUCUCUACUCGCUGUUCUCGAGUCUCGGGGAUCAGGUGAUGAGUCUCCACUUCAGCAGCAGCAGCAGCAUCACUAUCAUCACUUCACAUCCAGGGGUUUCCUUCCCAGGGUACCAAGGGCUUUCCAUCCUCCACGCAGAACACAAGACAAGUUCCCACGCAUUGUGGAGGUCCGCUGUGCAUCAGUCCGCUCCUCCAGGCACCGAAAAAGAAGAGAGAGAGAGAGAGAGAGAGAGAGAGAGAGAGAGAGAGAGAGAGAGAGAGAGAGAGAGAGAGAGAGAGUUUGGUAUCAGGCACCCUGCGCAAUGAGUGAGUCUGUGGUCGGUACCGAGAGCUGCACAGAAAUUUAGUCCGCAUCAUUCCCUGACAGCUCCCCGAGAGAAGCAGAGGAGGGAGGAGAGAGAGGAGGAGCAGGGCUGGACUCUCAGGUAGGAGUCUGGAUCUUCUCCCUCGGAGGAUUUUCAAACGUUGCAUCAUUUACCUCCAAUCCUCGUGUGGUUUUAGCUUUCAGAGAGUGACUAAGUGUUUUAUAGUUAUUUUUCUCUCUCAUAAGUUGAAUGAAUGGAUGCAGCAUCUCAUUCACAAGAGAGAGAGAGAGAGAGAGAGAGAGGGUGGGAGUGGGGCUGAUGUUUCAGGAGGAGAGAAACACAUUUUAUUGCUUGUGUUUAUUAAUUUGCUCACGUUUGAUUGUCUGUGUGAGUCUCUGACUGCCUGAGUCACCUGAAUGAAAAUGUGUAAAUGCUUACAGUGUUACUCAUGGAGCAGCUGCUAAUGAGCCUCUGUGAGCUUCAGAGAUAUGCAGAGGAAGGUUUGAUGGACUCCUUUGUUUCAGGGGAAAAUGUCUCUGAAAUCAUUGCCCUGCUGCAGAGUGUUUUCAUGCAGAGGCGUUGGUUCUGCCUCCUAUUUUGAAUUGUUGCAUUGAUUUUACUACAGCAUGCUCUGGUGUUGUGAUUAUGUCCAGGGUUUAUUCAUGAGUGGCUGACAAAUGUAGCUCUGGGUGCAGCUCCACAGGCUCUGACGAGUCCUUAAUUAAAACCAGAAUUGGAGCUGGCAGUGUUCCUGCUUCCUUAUUGCAGAUCUGAUAGGAGAAAACGGAGCCGGUAAGUCAUGAGGGAGACUGUGUGGAUGCAGUCCCUGGGCGUUGCUGCAGGAUUUUUUGGAGCGCACGCUGGGGUUUGAUGUGCCUGCAGACCAGGAGGAAAAACAAAAGUGAUGCCUUCAAACGCUGAUGUGGGCAGGGCGGCUCUCAGCUCCAGCUGUGCCACAGGACAGGUGAUACAACCACCUACUUGUUGUGAUAUUACCUCAUCCUGCAGCCACCGGUUAUCAGGGUUUGUGAGUCUGAACGGUGCGCGUGGUAAACAGACUUCUGGGUCCAUUUCUUCUGGUUUUAAUAUGGAAGGAGGUCAGGAAAGACAGAAGCUGCUUCUCAGUUCUUCCAUCUCCAACCAACUCCUCCUACAGACCUGGAGCACGGGGGAUUAAAUGGGGGAGGGGAGGAAAAGACUGAAUGAACAGUGAGAGAUAUCUGCAGCUGCCUCCUCUCACAUGAGCAAUCACUGUAGUGAUUGGACGACACCCUUCUGCUGAUACCUCUCUGUCUCUCUGCCAGCCCCAUGUUUCCUGUCCAGAGAAAGACCGGAUUUGGUCGAGGGACAAAAGAGGAAAAUUGAUUCUUAGGCCGUAUCUCAUGAAACAAGAGGAGGGAGAGCGAGGGAACAUGGGUGUUAGGGGAAAAGGUUAAAAAGAUGUGAGGAUGGAGGAAGUGCUCUGCACACUAACUGCAUUAUUUAAAGCUGAGGACUCCACGCCAACUGUACCCAGAAUCCCCUGUCUUCAGCUCGUCUUCUUCUCUAAGCGCUCUGCUGUGUUUUCACCGUAAAUGCAUCAUCUCUCCAAAUCUGCAGACAUGUUUAUUGAUGUACCAGAUGAUCCACUAUCACUGCAACAAAAGCUCAUUCUGCACAGGCUUUGAAAUUUGGCACAGGUAUCAUGGACUACACACACACACACACACACACACACACACACACACACACACACACACACACGCACACACGCAGAGCUUUUAAUCAUUCUGCUUCUUCUGAUCUUGCUGUUACCAUGGUCACGGUUGUAAAGGUGCAUGACUCCAUGUUUCUCGAUGCUCCUCACCAACCAUACAUGGAGCUGACAGCCCAGAUCAGGCAUCUGUGUCUGUCGGCUGUUUUGAUGCAUUUGGAGAAGAAAAGCAGAAUCUGAGGGGAGUGGUUUUGUCCUCGAGUCUUCGUCGGACUAAAUCAGUGUGAAUCGAUCCUCAGGCCUCUCUUAAACAGAGGAUUGGGUUUGCCUAAACACUCUGGCAUAUUGAAGAAGACAGAUAUGAUCAAUGUGGCGCCCAAGAGAGCCAAGAGGGGGACCAAAACUGGAUCUAAUCAGCAGCUGCAGCAGCAGAUCUGUGACAUCCAGAUAAACACAUUUUACAGCAGCAGCAGCAGCAGCAGGUGAUUUUAGUGCAGAAGUGAGUUUUUGAUUUCAGGGCUGCAGUCUGUCAGACUUCCUCAGUCCAGGACAGAUCCGCUAAAAACACCCCGGGGUGUUGUACCUGUCUGUUAGCUGAUGAGAUGAGAGGGAGCAUCAGAUAUCCAGCUGCUGAACCGUGCCAGAUCUUCACAGCAGAGACAGAGUCAUUACACCCACAGAUUGAUGUGAGACCUGGCUGCUUUCUGUAUGUGAUCAGAGUUUCUCCGAACUGACCACCAGCUGCAGGUGCAGGACCACCGCUGGGUGGUGGAGAACAUCUGCUCAGUGCUUUUUUUCUGACUGACUUUACUGCUGCGCUGAUUUAAAGCCUCGGUCUGCUCGGACUUGUUUCCCUGAGAUCAGAUGGGAGGAACAUGACCGUCCAAUACAGCAGUAGCAUCCACCGCUCAAAGUCCCACCUCUUACCUCAUAGGCAUAUGGGGAUGACUCACCUUCAGACAGGUGAACCUCAGAUUUACUGCAGGCCCCUGUUAGAGUACACUUCACUGAGGGCUCCAUGUUUGGACUGAGGACGGCCGAUCAGCAGAACUGUUUCUACAGCUGAGGGUGGAGGAGCUUUAAUUUCAGAAUGACAGAGACACAGCCCGGCCCGUUUAGGUCCGGUACAUUCAGCCAGAAAUGUGGCAGGAUAUCAGCAUGGUAUCUUGUUGGUCACUGGAUGGUCUUUCCUGUUUGUUCUCCAGCCAUGCGGGACCUGGAUCGGAGCCCGCCGACAGGAUGUAGUCAUGUGUAUUUGAGAGGGUGCAGCUCUCUCACACUGGAGGUGAAGAGUCCUCACAGAUGGCUCCACAGAUGGUCCUUGUCAGCAGCGUUGUCUGACUGAAAACAGAUCAUUUGUUGAUGCUCAGACCUGAACGAAGCUCUAAACAUCCGUACGCUUUCCUAAAAUAGACCCUGGUUUCUUCUCUGUGAUCUAUUUCUGCACAGGUCCUCUGUUCUCCUCAGAAAGAUCCCUCCACAUCAAGCAUGCACUAACGCCUUAAAGAGGGGACGGAGCUACACGAAGUGAAAAGCACCGGGGGGCUCAGAGCUGUAAAUAAUUAAGAAAUGCUGAGUGAUGUUUUCCUCCUGCAGUGGAGGGUUUUCUUGGUGCAGUGCUUUACAGUCUCGCUCAGGUCCAGACCUCGCUGUGCUGGUAUCUCACAGUCCCUCUGUGGAGGGUGGAUGAUGGUGGAGCUGGGCCAUGCAGUAAGGAGUGGGCGGAUACCUCUUGUUUGAUUUUUGGUUGCUUCCAACGCCGUCUCCCCACUCGCUCUGCACGCCUGGUGUGAGAUCAUGAGACAUCAGCGGCUGAAAGCAGCGAGGAGUUUCUGUUUGAGACGACACGACCUGGAGACGAGUCUGAGACCAACUUCACAGCAGGAACACCUGAGGCCCUCCUCACCUUUGUGUCGUGGUCGGGUGCUGGUUUUGAAAUGGGGUCAGGUCAGAAACUUUGAGGGUUCCAGAGGGACUCCCCUGUCUCUAGACACCAUGAUCCAGAAUGGAGACACCCUCAUGUCCCCUGGACCAGCUUCAUCUCAGCCCUGCAGGGGUCCAAUUCUGGGGACUGAAAGUGUCGCUAAGGCAGGCUGCUGAACAGCUCAAACUAUUUGUUGGUGCUGUGAGUGGAUAUCAACUAGAGAAACAGUAGAAAUUGUGAGUGCAAUAAAGAUAAAUAUUAUUUAUCAAUUCAUUUAUCGGACAGGUGGAAAACACGAAACAUUACUUCAUGGUGUUUAGAUGUCAUGCACACGGGUCUCAUCUUACAGCCGUUCUGGUUGAAUGAAAACAGAGAUUACACAGAACCAUUAAAAACUCAGAUCAGGGUCUGCAACCAAAGAGCGAGGUUUGAACUACCAAGAGUUGAAUUUCUGCAACAAGAAACUGAUCAGAAAAACAUUUCAUACUCGUUCUUACUGAGAGAAACAAACAUAUCCAUGUGAGCAACUGGGUCAAAACCAUAGACUGUAUAAACUCUGGACAACUUGGCUCCGCCUCCCGCCUGUAAACGGAUUUGAAGCCAAAAAGUUCUGGGUAUUUCUCUGUUUUUUUCUCCCUUUCUCUGUCCUCCCAUUGGCUGUAUCAGGUGUCAAUCAUGGAAAACAUGAACCCCCUAAUAACUUUUAAAAAUGGAGCUGUACAGAAAAAAGAGGACUUGAGCACAAACCAGUCUGACAGUAACUACAUGUCAACAUCACAACCAGGGGGGAGAAACAUUUAUAUUCUGUGUCAUUCAUUUAUAAAGUUUGUCCACAGCUCCAUAAGGAGGCGGGGUUUAUAACCUAUACUGCAGACCGUCACCAGAGGGCGCUGUUCUCAGAGUGGCGGCGUCUAUUCUAGAUACAGUCUAUGGUUUCAAUGAAGAAGAACCAGCUUCACUGGUGGUGGUCAUGGCGGACGCAGAGAUUACUGUCCGUGUUCCUCCAUGGAGCAGGAACAGUCGGGGUUGUUAGCGCCGCAGAUGGUGAAAGGAGAAAAGAAAUGAAUGUCCUCUUUCUUUCUUCUGUUUCUUCUGUUUCCUCUUGUUUCUGCUCCAACAGCUGUGGAGUAUAAAUACUCCUCUGAAGACCAUCUUAUCUCCACAUUGGAUCACAAAUACAGCAGAAUUACAGUGAACCUCCAUGCUUCUCAUAUUAGAGAGAUGAGUCCUUUUCCUGUCCUGGAGUAAACAGCAUGAUGAAUUAUGGAUGCAGCCACACAAAGCACUUCAAACCUUGUAAUGGCGAUGUUUAAAAAAUGUUAUGGCUGGGCUGGUGAGUCCCAUCACGGUGACGAAUGUGUGUGUGCGAGUCGGGAGGUAAUUGGGCUUUUUUAAUAGGAAAAGGCAGCGAGUGUUAGAGCUGAUGAAACAUUCAUGCUUACAGCCACCUGAAGAGAAACGUGCACGCUUUCACCAGCAUGAUUAACUCGCCGCUAGGAUGGCUCUGCGGCGCUGACAUGAAUAUCAAUUUGUCAUCUACUUAGCAUCAGCACCUUGGAAAGUGGUUUUGGAGCAAAGUGCUGAUCGGAGCCUGCAGGGACUCUGCAGCAGCAGCGGCGGUGGCGGUGGCAGCCCAUGGUAAGGUUUGCUGGUGAAUGAUUUGGUGGUUUGCUGCGAGCCGACCUCCAUUACACCUCCAUAAGUAAGUUUGAGCCUCAGGCUACCAAAUAUAAAUGGAGACCUGAUUAAUGAUAAAUUAAAGUGAAACCAAUUGUGGGACUUUGCAUCGAUCUCCGAUUCUCAUUAACCCAUUUCAGCGAUGCCCUUCUUGGAGGACGGCGGGGGAAUUGUUGUCCUGGAAUAAAGUUUCUUCAUAUUGAAAACGAUCAGAAAUAGGCUGACACUGAGAAAAUCAGACGGACUGAACCUUUACUGUCCCUGUUUAAAGAAAACAUAGAAACAAAACCACCACGCUUCCUUUUCUGCUGAUCUCAGUACAAACAGAUGACUCUGUCCUCUCUGCCCCCCCACCCCCCCAGCUGAGUGCUGUAUCCAUAAUGAUCCAUGUUGGCUCCAUCCAUCAAUGCCCCAUUGCCUUGUUGUCACUCUCCACGCUUUAUUCAGCUCCUGUUUCCUCGGGCGAGAAGCAGAGUCUUCGUAAAAAGACAUACAUCAGGCUGUCGACGGCAAAACAAGAGGCUCUGAUUACGGUCAACUCCUCUCCAGUCGUAUAUUCUGCAGUAAUGACUCAUGGACCUGCUAUUCUGAGUCACAAAACAUCAACCUGAGAAUCAGACUUAAAGCUCCCACUCCACGUAUCCGAGGAGAAGACUUCUCUGUGCUGCUGAAACUGGAUGGAGAGUGUGUAGGGUGAGCUCUGCAAACAUCCCUGAAGAUGUUCAGAUGCAGAUUUGUCCCCAGGAGGAGAUCCAGGCCUCGGAGCCUGUCCUCUCCCACCCCCACUCGGAGCUCUGUACAGCUCCUGCUGGGUGGAUGACUGGAGGAGAGGACUACUGUACUUUGAGUCAGAGCCUCCCUGUUGUCAUAUCACAUGCUUGUUGUGUUUGGUGGUGUUUGCACAGUUCUGGGCAACAGUUUGCAGGCCACCACGUCUUUGAGCAUCGUCACCGUCGUCACCGUCGUCAGCAGUGCUCCCUGACAUUUUGGAAAGUGUCUGCUGGGAUCCACCACCUGCCUGAGUCAUUCUUAUAUGGGAGGAAAACACGCACAAGAUGACUGAGCCAGAGUCCUCGAGUCACAGAUGACGCAGAUGAGUUUCAUUUGUAACCUCUGCCACAUGAGGACUGAGAGUCUGAGGACUGAGAGUCUGAGGAGGACCAGGCUGAUGUCAUGGCUGCCGAGGAUCCCGGCUCACUAUGACAUUUGAGUGGAGACAGUAGUCCUCUGUAAUUGGCCACAGAUCCAGUUUGGAGAUGUGAGGCCCCUCUGACAGCAGAUGAAGCUGAGCUCUGCUGUUUCUGUGUGUGUGUGUGUGUGUGUGUGUGUGUGUGUGCAGGAUCCUUCAGACCAUCUCCUGAAUGCUAAUUGGAUUGUCACCUCGGCAGAGAGUCCACUUCUGUGAUGCAGUAACAGCAGCGCUCUGACUGUCUGAGUCAGUGAUUACCCAGACCCAGUCUCCUGAAAACCUCCUCCCAUCUGUCUCUCUCUGUCCUCCUCUCUCCAGGACAGUCAUGUUAGACAAAAGCCGGCCCGUCCGUUCAGACGGGAGGCCUGAGUGUUCGGGGUUCAGAGGGAUCUCUGGAGUGUCAGACUGAGAAGUGGAAGAAGACAAACGGUCCCCGGAGGAGGAGUGUGUUGUUCCUGUUGUUGAGUGGAUGCAGAAGGAGUCCACACCCAGAGCGUCUAUUGUUAGCUCAGUGGAUCUGUUGUUAUUCUGUGAGACCUGCAGGCAGAGCAGCAACAGAUGAGAGACCUCUAAAGGUGUGUGUGUGUUUACUGACGUUACACAGCAUGGCUAAUACCUGCAGCAGCAGCAGUGAAGUUCUCUCUCUCUCUCUCUCUCUCUCUCUCUCUCUCUCUCUCUCUCUCUCUCUCUCUCUCUCUCUCUCUCUCUCUCUCUCUCUCUCUCUCUCUCUCUCUCUCUCUCUCUCUCUCUCUCUCUCUCUCUCUCUCUCUCUCUCUCUCUCUCUCUCUCUCUCUCUCUCUCUCUCUCUCUCUCUCUCUCUCUCUCUCUCUCUCUCUCUCUCUCUCUCUCUCUCUCUCUCUCUCUCUCUCUCUCUCUCUCUCUCUCUCUCUCUCUCUCUCUCUCUCUCUCUCUCUCUCUCUCUCUCUCUCUCUCUCUCUCUCUCUCUCUCUCUCUCUCUCUCUCUCUCUCUCUCUCUCUCUCUCUCUCUCUCUCUCUCUCUCUCCUGCGCUCUCAUCAUCCUGCACCAGCACAGUCCUGGACGGUCCAGUCUCAAUCAGCUCAGGACUUCAGGACUUCAGGACUUCAGGGUGGUCACCCUCUGCAGAAAAGAGGAGCUGGGGCGGAGGAGAGUCGCAGAGUGGUGGUGGUUUUCUGUGUGUGUGUCCACAGCGCCCCCUGCCCUUCACUCAUUGACAGCUAGGAUAGGCUGCAGCCCCCCCAAGAACCUGAACGGGUCCUCCUAAACCGACUCUGUUCUAAAGGUGUCUCUUCUGAGGAGACUGCAGUUUGUACUCUACAGUCAGAGCUCUCUGAGGAACUCUUGUCUUCCUUUUUUGGGAUGUUGAUGGUCUCCUCUGACCGCUGUGAUCCCCUCAGGACACAGAGGACUCGAUCUGACCUGACCUGAAGUUCAGCCUGUCCUCACAGAGGUCCUCAGACUCGCCCAUGGAUGAUGUUUCUGUGGACUCCUCUGUAACAUCUGUAGAUGUCACUCUCAGAUAUUUAAUCACAUUGUUGUCGGUGUGUUUCCUUCAUCAGGGCUCACUCUGGGCUCCGGUCCCAGACGCUCUUUUACACCGUGAACACAAACACUCACUUCCUGUCAUCGCACGCUCUGGACGCAGUGACAGCACAACCAUCCAUAAAAUUAAAGUACAGUCCUGGUGAUGACUGUUUCCUUCAGAUCUUUCCCAUCAGCCCCUGUAACACCUGACCACGCUCCCACUCCCACCCACAUCCCCCAAGAGAGACGGAGGAACAACUCUCAGCUUUAACCACCACAGCAGGAACCAUCAGGAGACACUGGAGAGAAGGAGGAGGAGUCUGAGUCAUUCCUGUCAGCAUGAACUCACCUCCUCACCACCACCACUACCUUCUCCUCUUCCUCCUCACCACCUUCCUCACCAUGUCAUUGUUUCUGUGUUGGAGUUUUCCUCAUGUACCUUUCUUGCUUGAAUAUGUCCAGGGAACAUUUUCUCGAAAAGGAGGAGGUGGUUCUGAUUGGCUGUGGGUUUGGCACCAGCUCCGCCUCCAUUUGCCAUGAUCAAACUCUGAGUCUCUCAGUCUGGAUCUGUAAAUCUUUGGGUGUGUGUUGGUUUUAUUUUGAGUUUAUGACUGACUGACUUUAAAAGUCAGAAAUGUGAUCUCUCCUUUAGGAAGUGAUGAGCGUUCACUGUCUGCUGUUUUUUCGGGUCUCGGCUCAUUUAUUCCUAUAAAAUGUACUUAAGGAUGAGAUGGGACUGGCUGUAAGUCAAGUUUGCACCAGAGAGGAUGGAGGUUUUGGAAAAGUGUGGACUCUAGACUUUUAAUUUGGCCCAGACUCAGGAUGAAGUCAUAAAUCUGAUUAAUAAGAACCAGACUGAAAAGAGCUCCGGAUGAGUCCUUUCUGCUGAGUUAGGACUUUAGUCUCAGAUGGUUCAGGUUCUUCUCUGUCUGUCCUCCUGCAGACUGAGGUGACAGCAUGGCGGACACGGUGAUGAGCAGCUCCGAUCGCUGGGGCUCCAAUGACAGACAGAGAAGCAUGCACGCCAGGUGAGCUCCAUCUUCCAUGUAAACAGGUAAACCUCAUGAACAGAUCCUCAUGAUGAUGUCCUCUUUCAUUUUUCUGCUUCCCUCCUGUGUGAUUGCUGACGCAGCGACAAAGAGCAGUGAGUAGAUAAACGUCUCUUCUGUUCAAACAUUCAGUCUGUCAUCAGGAAUCAGAGUCACUUUAAUCUGACGCUGCCUUUGGCUGACAGGGGGACCUGGUCUGUGCAGCAGGCUCCUGGUCCUGGUCCAGACCUGACAGAUGAGGAGAAAGAGAUCAUCAACAGCGUGAUCGCCCGAGCUGAAAAGAUGGAGGCCAUGGAGCAGGAGAGGAUUGGGUGAGAGGCGGGGCUUUCUUUCUUUCCUUAAAAUUCAUGGUUGACGAUCUGGUAUUCAGUUGAAAAAAAACUGAGCUGUUGAGGCAGAUUUGAAAAAAGUGUCCCAUCUCCAAACACAAACCCCUCCCCUCUGUGCUCCACGAUAACUCCCCCCAUUAACCUCACGACACGCCCCCUCUGGCAGAAGAUCCUAUGCUAGCUUCAAAUAGGAUUCACCAUGUCGGAUUGUUAGUGACUAGCGGCAGUAAACGCCAGCUCUGCUAGCGAGCGCCGUCUGCAUCUGCCUGGACAGCUACCGUGUUGACAUGUCAGAGACUAAUCAGAGUUAUUUAUGUAACAUGAGCCACGAUAAAAGGAGAUAAAAAUGACCUGAGGGCGGAGCUUUCUCCACCACUUCAAGGAUGACCCGAUGGUUAUUCACGUUAGAUUCCUCGCUUGGUCACAUUUCCUCUUUGACUCCGCCCUUUCUUCUGUCGGCUUGCGUUUUCUUCCCUCUUUUGGCGGUGGGGCGAGCAGAAGUGGGUUUUUUUUGCGUCCUUCUCCAUCACAGCUCCUGUAGCUAAGCUGCUACUCUACUUUUAGCCACUCAGAGCUCCGAGGAGGGCCGGGAGAGUGGGAGGGGACGAGUCAGAACUACAGGAGAGGGGUGUGUCGAAUACAGCGAAGUGAUUGGAUGGAGAGGCGGAGAAGGAGACUGACCAAUAGAAGCUGUCCGGGACGGAUGGCUCCCAUUGGUCAAUGUUCUUGCAACCCUGCACCUGCUCGGGUGAUCGGAUUUUUUCCGAAUUCUUUUUUCUCUUCACUUUGUGGCGAUCGCACUAUAGGACCAUGAUCGCCAUAGAAACGAAGUUCAUAAUAACUACCAGUCUCUCCAGUCGUCAACCAUGCCUCUAAGUUUAUGUUGUGUAUAUUUUAUGACCAGGACGUUCAUGAGUUGAAAACCCGACAUUGGUCUGGUCCUGGUGAGCGAUUUUACACCGAGUCACCUGACAGGUGUGCAGUUUGUAACCAGACUCUGUUUUAGGCGCUUAAUUAACCGUCUGGACGACAUGAAGAAGACAGUGGUCGGCGACGGACUGUCUCGCUGUUUGCUGUGCGGGGAGCAGCUGGGGUCACCAGGGGUCAGCUCAGUGGUGUGUGAGGACUGCAAAAAGGUAGCUAAUGAUGAGUCACCUGGUUCUUCUGAUGUCCCAGGUGUGUGUGUUCUCAUUACAGUGUGUGUUUUCUCCUGUCCUGCAGAACAUGUGCACUAAGUGUGGGACACAGUGUAGCAGUAAACCCCGGGCCGUGUGGCUCUGCAAGAUCUGCAGAGAGCAGAGGGAGGUGAGUGAAAGCUCCUCCUCCUCACACAGGUGCACCAAUCAGGACUCAGGUGUGUGGCAGGAAGUCAGCAGACACAUUUAUCUUCUCAGGUGUGGAAGAGAUCUGGUGCCUGGUUCUUCAAAGGGUUUCCCAAGCACUUCCUGCCAUCGCCCAUGCCGUUAUCCAAAGUUAAAGAGAAGAGUACCAAGGAGGCAGCAGAGACCAAGGGACCACCGGCCCCGGAGCCCCAGAGUCAACCACAACCAGCAGGUAGACACAACAGGCUUUACCCGGGCUUCAGAGUCCUCUAGUUUUAGGCACUAUCCAGGGAAUUAAAAACCAGGUCCAGGUCAGAACCAGGUCAGAAAAAACACAUGAAUGAAAAAAGGAGGUGAACUGUCUGGUGCCCCCCUACUGUUGACAGUGGUAUUACAGGAAUCACAGAUUUUAAUUCUCACUCCUGAACCAACACCAACAAAAAUCCACCUCCCUCACAGAAACAUACAUGAGAGAUUUUCUUAAAGUUCCUGUGAGGGACUUUUGGUUUGUGCUGGUUUUGGCGCCCCCCUGUGGGCAAGGUGAUAGCUCUCCUCUCCUGUCUGUGUGUGUGAAAGUAGUCUUGGGUAGAGAAACCUCAUUCUGUGAAGUUUAAAAUAUCACUAAAUAUUAGAUUUCACGUGGAUAAAGGUCAGAUCACUCAGGACCUCUUUUGCAGUCCCCAUCUCCUUGUCUCCUCUGCUCUUAGGUUGUUUCCUAUCCCCACCUCCAUGUCUCCUUUAGCCUCUAGUCUCAGGUUGCCUCCUAUCCUCACCUCCGUGUCUCCUUCAGCCUCUGCUCUCAGGUUGUCUCCUUUCCCCACCUCCUUGUCAUCUUUAACCUCAGGUCUCAGGUCAUCUCCUAUCCCCACCUCCUUGUCGCCUCUGCUCCCAAGUCAUCUCCUGUCCCUAGCUCCUUGCCUCCUUCAGCCUCUGCUUUUAGGUCAUCUCCUAUCCCCACCUCCUUGUCUACUUUAACAUCUGGUCUCAGGUCGUCUCCUAUCCCCACCUCCUUGUCUCCUCUACUCUCAGGUCAUCUCCUAUCCCCACCUCCUUGUCGCCUCUGCUCCCAAGUCGUCUCCUGUCCCCAGCUCCUUGCCUCCUUCAGCCUCUGCUUUUAGGUCAUCUCCUAUCCCCAUCUCCUUGUCUUCUCUGGUCUCAGGUCAUCUCCUAUCCCCACCUCCUUGUCUCCUCUGCUCUCAGGUCCUGUCCUAUCCCCACUUCCUUGUCUCCUCUGCUCUCAGGUCCUGUCCUAUCCCCAUCUUUUGCUGCUCUUCUCCAAACCUUUUAUCUGUUCCUUAAAUCUAGCAGCUCCGCCCACCGCUGCAGUGAAGGGCGGAUGAAGAUCUGAAUUAUUCUGGUUCAUGCUGUGACUCGGGUUGAGCCUCCAGGUGGAGCUGGAGCAGGAUGGGUAGUAUUUGAUUCCAGAAAAGACUGAGUGUGAUUACCUGAGCGGCGUGUUUCCUCCACAGUCAGAUGUGUCAGCUGGAGCGGGCGCUGUAGUCACUCGGUGUUUACAGUAGUUGGUGCCACAGCUGGUUGAAGCCUAUGUAGGUCAUUGCUUUAGUAGGAGAAAGCUGCAACAUCAAAAGUAUGAAGAGAGACUCAGGAGUCUUACUGCAGCAGAGCCUGCAGAGCUGUGAUUAUUCACUCCUCCUCCUCCCUCAUGGAUACUCUGCGUCUCUCUCUCUCUCUCUCUCUGUUGACUCUGUUCUGAUUUUCAUCCCGUUUUUUAGCAGCUGAGCCACAGGGCCGCGCUGGUUACCCACCUGUGGCCCCUAAACCAUCAGUUGCACGUAUGGCCACGGGCGGGGCCGGCCCUGAAGAGGCAGGACAGGGCCCUGUGGUGAUGAAGAAGAUGGUCCCCGUGCAGAGUUCCAGACCGCAGCCGGCUGCAGCGGCAAGCAUGGCGCAGCAGGGUGAGAGCGCUCAACAACAUCCUCUGCAUCAGAGUCUGGAGGUUUUCAUUAAUAUUACAUCUCCUGUGAUGACUUCAUGUGGUUGUAGGUUCAGCUGCAGGAGACGGAGGGGCCUACUCCUCCCCUGGUGCAGGGCCUCCAGAGCAGAGAGCGCCCCCUGCAGUGAGAGAUGACAGGAGGCAGCCCGCGGCGGCCUACAGCGCUCCUCCGGCACGCCAGCAGCCUCCCCCAGCUGAGGAGGAGGAGGAAAUAAACGACUAUGACUCUGAUGAAGCCAGUGAGUACGCCAUCUGCUCACUGCUCUCACAGAGUGAGGUGUAAGGGGUCCGCUUUGAUCCACCUCAGUCUGAAGGAGGGAUUUCUCUCUGAGAUCAUAUCGUCCUUCAGCGUACACAGUUUGUGGUUUUUGACCUCACUGCGUCCAAGAAAGGCCGUGUUGAUGCCUGAUUUUAGUCUGCUGGUUAUAAGUCACAUAGUAAGAGAGGUCAGGGGGGCUACGGCUGAUUCUUUCAGGUUGAUGACAGCUGACAAGAUGAGGUGUCGGUCAGGACACAGGAAGGAGGAAGAGUAGCAUCUCUUCUUAUAUUGUGGAGGUUUAAUCUGACACUCACGUGUAUAUGCAUUCAGUUCUGAAAUAACAAUAUUAAUAUUAUAAACAAUAUUAUUUCUCUUGAUAACUUAUUAACUUCCUGUAUGUCUUCACAUGAACAGUAAACGAAACUCCAUACAGAACUAUCUUCUGUGUAUUCACCAAAAUCCAUCCAAAAAUACUCAGAAUGCAUCCAUGUAUGAUAAACUAUUAGCUACAUAUGCACACCGCCCUCUGCUGACCAAGGGAGGGAGAAAAGACACAAGCGCUCACAGACGGCGUACGUCAGCUCACAGAGAGGAUUAAAAACAACAACAUUCACAGACAUGCUUUGUAUUAGCAAGUUAAAUCUGCAGAAAUCACAUUACAACCAUCAAACAAGGUAAGAUAAGACACAGCAGUGAGAAAUCCACACAUUACUGCUGACAACUUAUUUUAACAGACAAACGAGGCAAUAAAAGCACCGCGAUAUGAACAAUACUCACUUUCUUCACUCAUUAAUACUCGGAGUGUCGACACAAAACUCCCUAAAGUGCACAAACUUUAACAGAAAUAAGGGAAGAACAGUCCAUCAACAUGGUGGACGGCUGUACGUAUUUCACGUCUUCGCGCCAUACUGCUAUCACUUCCUGUAGCAGCAGGAGGAAGGGGCUAUGCCUGCCCUUCAAAUUAAAAGCCUUUUAUACACACGAUCCACAGAGUGCCCAACAGUCCUCCUCACAAACAGCGAGUGCCGUUCAGGUGACAUUUAUUGAUGGGGGGUCACCUAACCAAUAAGGAUACCUCAGCAGCACCACCUUGACUCUUUUUUUCAAACGUCCCAUUUCCUCUUUUAACGAUGUGAACCACGCCAUUCCUGAUCUGCACCUGCGGCGUCAAACAGCAUUUCUGUCACCUGUCUGGGGAGUUAGCAGUUAAUUUACUUUAGCAGGUCUGGGAAUAUGGAGCUGUGCAAAUAAUUUACGACACAGUCAGACAAACGGAGAUGAUAGAUUCUCCUCAUCUUUGACCAAAUCCCCCUGUGAGCGACUAAAAAUGGAAGAAACCGCCACUGCGCCGCUCCCUGCAGAGAUUUGAUAUAGAGCAGUGAAAUCAGGGAGCGAGCACAGAUUCACUGUAAAACACUGAAAUAUGUCCUGUUUGUGUUAGUUAGGUUAGAUUCAUACAGAGGACUUCACCUUUUAAAAAUGAGUAUGUUAGCAUGCUAAUGUUUAGCAUCAGUCCUGGUCUAGCAUGGCUGCAGACUCUGUUGGUCUUGUUCGAGGAGCUUUAUAGAGUCCAAGUCUGUUUUGACUCUCCGCCCAGAAAAGUUCACAGUUAAGGAAAAUUAACAAACUGACAUCCAAUCAUUUCGUCUCCACAGAGCGACGCUCGGCACAGAAACUCCUCCAAACAAAAAGUGUGUGGGCAGGUUUUUCUCUUCCUCACCCAGAACAUGAUUUUCUUCCUCAGAGACUUCAGUGUUUGUCUGAUUACCUUCAGAUCAGAUCCUCCAUGAUUCACGAGUUCGAUCCAGCUCUCUAAAGGAAAGUUGGGAUGAUUUGCCGCCCUGUGGUUGGCCCAUCUUUACAUCUUUUUGGACCCCUAGUAACCUCACCCCCUCUUUUUUCACUCCCAGUGUUGUUGGAUUCCUAGAAGACACCCCUCACCAUAUUUAAAGUCUUAAUUAUUGAAGAGCAGACUGGUGGUCUCUCUGUAGUCUCCUCUAACUGCUGCUCUGGGUCUCUUUCAGCCACUCUGGGAUCUCUGGAGUUCGGUCUGCUCUACGAACAAGAGAGCAACAGCCUCAUCUGUAGCAUCCUCAAAGCAAAGGUACCAUUCUCCUCCUCCUCCUCCUCCUCCUCCUCUCUUCUCCUCCUCCCAUCACAAAGAGACGAUUACGAUCAAGUGCUUAAAGUUAAAUUGCUCCUGAAUGGCCCUUCACCUUAAUUGCUGUACUCUGGUCCUCCUCAGGGACUGAAGCCCAUGGACUCAAAUGGACUUGCAGAUCCUUACGUUAAGCUUCAUCUGCUGCCCGGGGCUAGUAAGGUAAGAGGUUCACCUUUCCUCCUUUAAGCUUUUACUUCUUUUGAAAGAUUGAUGACAUUAAUAUCUAGCCAAGCCAGAGAGGAAGGUGGUGAUUUUAGAUUGGGGGGGCCGUUUUUCCAGCUCAAGGCUGACACCUUGUGGCAGUGUGGUGAAAUUCAGGGGUGUUUUCGGGAGAAUGAGGGUAUGCCAGAGUUAUAAAAUCUCUUUUGGAUGGGAGCAGCGACAUGUAGGUACUCAAACCACCACAGAGGUGUGGGAUGUUAUAUAGCUGUGACUUGCCUUGAGAUGUUUCUAUAAUCUGUCCUGACCUACCCUGCAUCAAACAGUCCAACAAGCUGCGCACAAAAACCCUGAGAAACACCCGUAACCCGGCGUGGAAUGAGACGCUCACCUACCACGGCCUGACGGAGGACGACAUGCAGCGUAAAACCCUCAGGUGCUGCUCCUCAGACUGUUCGGUCCAAACCCCUGUCUCUGUGUUUUUUGGACUCCACACACACUCAGUUCACUCUUUGAAAAGUGUCUCAGGUCUCUGUGAUUAAGACUUUUUUGAUUUCUGCAGGCUCUCCGUCUGUGAUGAGGACAAGUUUGGGCAUAAUGAGUUUAUCGGGGAAACUCGAGUGGCUUUAAAGAAACUGAAGCUGAACCAGAAGAAGAACUUCAAUGUGUGUCUGGAGAGAGUUGUCCCGGUGAGUCCCACUCUAUUACAGCCUUGUUCUCCCCGUCUACAUCUCCUAUUGACAUGCUGUAAUCUCGUUGCACCUUGCAGACGAAGAGGACGGCAACAGCCGGAGGAGCCAGAGGCAUCGCUCUCUACGAGGAUGAGGUAGGCUUUUAUUCUCCUGCAUGUCCAAACAUGACAGAUUCUUUCAGGAGUUCACUCUGAUCUCCUCCUGAAAACCCUCUGAACCCUUCCUCCUCCUCCUCCUCCCUCCACUCUGUCUCACUGCAGCCGGGGAAGGAGGGCGGAGAGGUGGAGGAGCGCGGUCGGAUCCUGAUGUCCCUCAUGUACAGCACCCAGACAAACCGGCUCGUCGUCGGUGUGGUGCGCUGCGUCCACCUGGCUGCCAUGGACGCUAACGGCUACUCCGACCCAUACGUCAAAAUGUGGGUAGAACAGGCUGACAAAACAGGUCUAGAUUGUGGAUCAGGUCUGGGGCGGUGGUAUGAGUCUAAUUUUGUGUGUUUAUACCUCACAGAUGUCUGAAACCUGACAUGGGGAAGAAGGGCAAGUGCAAAACACAAAUCAAGAAGAGAACUCUAAACCCGGAGUUCAACGAGGUCUGUUCAAUUAAGAUCAUUAAAAUAAUGACUCCAAAUAUUUAAGGUACAGCCAAAGAUCAUUAUUAGUUCAGGGAUGCCAACACACUGAUGCUUCAACUCCUGGUUUUGAUCCAACAGGCUGAGCUGCAGACCUCAGAGUCAAACCAGUUUUUACACACAAACAUUAAAUCAGUAAAGAGUCGGGAUGCUGUCCUCAUGUUGAUCAAAACAGAAGUCCAAGUUUGCAAAUCUUAUAAAUCAAUUUAAUAUUUGUUUAAAUCCCAGACUCUGAAUCCUCCUCUCUAAAGAGUAGAGGGUUCACCAGACUUGUUCUCAGCUCUCAGUCCAGAUCCAGCAUCCCUGAUGGUAUGGGGAUCAUAAGAGUCCAUGUUAUGGGCAUCUUUCACAUCCAAGAAGGCUCUGUUAUGCUGAACAAGAUCUCCAGGUUUAGGAGCAUCAGGACUCUGUAGUUGGAGUCACCGCAUGGUCUUAAUAUCACUUGUCUGUAAACUGUCUUGAGGUCUGAUGAAUCAAAAUCUAACACUCUUUUGGACUUAAGAUGUUUUGCUCAAGGCGUAACGUCUCAACUCAGUCCAGUUGUCCUUUCAACAAAGAACUAGAAAUCAUAGAUGCUGCAUCCUCAGUUUUAAACAAUAUCUCCAGGACACUUAGAGCCAGUAUUAGAGCUUUUCUUAACUCUGGGGUUUAAAGUCGAUGUACACAGAGCUCCUCCUUCAUAUUUGAUCCGCCCUGAAACCGUUUGACUCCCAGUCUGGUUUGACUUGCAGGAGUUCAGCUACGACAUCAAACACAGUGAACUGGCCAAGAAGACUUUAGACAUCUCGGUGUGGGAUUACGAUAUCGGGAAGUCCAAUGACUACAUCGGUAAAUAUCCCGAUGAGCAUCUUUGUGUUCUGUCAAUGACACCGUCUAACCGCCAACACCUCUGCCCCCCUGACAGGUGGCUGCCAGCUGGGAAUCACUGCCAAAGGGGAGCGCCUGAAGCACUGGUACGAGUGUCUGAAGAACAAGGACAAGAGGAUCGAGCGCUGGCACACCCUCUACAACGAGAACCACACAGCCAGUGAUUAACCCUGUACACAGCAUGAGCUAAAACCUCCCCUCUUUGUUUGCAUUCAUGUCCUGAGACCUUUCCUGUUUCAUCUCUGACCAUCACACACACCUCUCCUCCUCCUCUUGCUGUAGUGUACUCCUCUUUCCUGUCCUCCUAUUAACCCUUUCUCUGCCUGUGCUGACUCUUAACCUGCCUCUCUGAUAAAGAAACAGAAAUCUACAAAGAUCUGUCAGUGAGAAGCUCCUCACAGACCUCUGAGUCUGCGGGUGGUGGACCUGACAGAGUCCUUGUUUUAGAAAAAUAAAGUUGAAUUAUAAUUGCACUGGCACAGAACAAAAAUAGCAAUAUGUUACAGCAAAUGAGGUCGAACCCGACAUCUAAAGUCAUGAAAAAUUGGAUUGAGCUCAUGCUUUACAUCGUUGAGGCUGUCAGGGUUUUUCUUUGGAUUGUCUUCAUGCUGUAGGAGCAUGCAGAACCACAGAUGUAAGGAAACAUGCAGCUGCACCUGCAGACACUCACCUGUGCCCACCCCCCUCAGCACUUUGUAUAUUACCCCAUGAAGAAAUGUUUACAUACUGAUAACAUUGCUCAGGUUAGGAUAGACAUCUGGUACACAGAUGGAUCAUCAGUAAGUGGACCAUGAAGCUCGCUGAGUCCUUCAUCAGUUGCUUUAGUUUGUGAUGAAAUUUUAGCACCGUCGGUAAAACGCGAGGAGUUUUCUGUACGCUCAGUGAAGCUGUGAGUUUGAUUUGGUUCAAGUCUGUUUCCUGUGAGGAGUGAACUUUAUUUCUUGGUUUUGGUGAGAUUCGGCAGGUCUCCUCCGUCUCCCUGGGCUCUUCUGCAGCUCGUGGUUCACUCUGACUCGGACUCAGAGGUUUUCUACUGCAGUGUUUACACAGAAGGCACACGGCCAGGCCUCCGUCUGAGGAGAGGAAGGUGGUGGUGGGAGUUAUGUCAUAAGUAUGUGCAGCUUUACAUGCAUGCACUGUGCUCGUGACUCUGGUGUGCCUGGGGCAGCCGUGACCCGCUUUCAACCCGACACAACAUAUUGCACAAAGCAGGGCUCUCUCUCUCUCUCUCUCUCCUGUGCCACGCCCCAAUCAUACGAGGCUUUAGUGGGUGUUAGUUUAUUAAUCACAGCAAAUGAAGGAAAGCACAUCUUACAAAGUGGAAUGACCUCAAUUUAUACAGCCGUUUGCAAGUGAUUCCAGUGUAAGAAUAAAGAGAAAAAUAAAUCCUAUGCAUGAGAUGUCUUGUGGUUCAAGAUAAAUAUACUUUAUAAGAAAUUACUGCUAUUGUACUUCAUUAAUGUUUACACUGCCCAUAACAUUCCUGUGAAUAUACAAGAGGCCAAACUCUGCAUGACUAUGGUGACUAUGGUGUUAAUCUGAAUUCACUGAACUCGUCACCUGAGCACAUCCAUAAAAGACUCGGUAGCAGAAGUUGAGAAGACUCUCACUCUUUCUAUGAGACUUUCUGUACAAACAUAUUUAAGUGUCCUGUUUUCUCUGCACAGCUCAAACACUUCAACACCCACCGUAGCAUCACACACACACACAUGCACGCACACACACACUGUCCUAGGUUGCGCUGCUGCAGUGAUCAUCGGACAAAUACAUGAGUUAUUAUAAUAAGCUCUAGUUUUUCUAACAGGCUUCUCUCUGGGCUCACUCACAGCUGUCCUCGACUUGAUUCAGUGGAAUGUUUCUGGCUUUAUCUCUGUAUUUGUACAUAGAUAGUGCAUGCACUGGAAAAUAUGUAUGUUUGCAGAUAACUUUGCAUGUAAAGAUUUUGCAAAGAGUUUACACAGAUCAAUAAAAUAUAAUGAAAGCUUAGAAGGCUCCUGUGUGUUUUUUAGCAGCAGUAUUCAAAGUGUGUGAAGAGGAGGAGACAUUGGGAAUAAUAACAAUAAUAAUAAUAAUGAUAAUAAUAAUAAUUUCAUUUUUAUAGCACUUUUUAAAACAGACGUUUACAAAGUGCUUUGACAUUUAGUCAUAAAGUAAAUGGAAAAAGAUAAAAAGAAAAAGCUCAGUUAAAACAGAAUUGAAGGUCAUUUUCAUAAGACAAUACAAGAACCAUGUAACAUAAAAUGAGACCAUGAGGAACAAAAUAAAAACAUAAAAUAGUUAAGAAAAAAGAACAUUCAAUUAAAAGGGGGUCGAAAG